ACACAGUUACACAGAGGAGGUUUCCUCCCUGCGAAUCUGCGAUACUGACUCUGCCUUCUUCGUUCCAGCGCCGAAAGAGAGGGAGAGCCAAGCCGCCUCCCGCCGCGACGCACGAUGGAUCGCGCGCAGUUGCUCCUCGUCGGACUCCCGGCCUUGCUCUUCUUCUCCGACCUCACUCACAUCUUCGCGCCGCCGCCUCCCCACCUCCGCCACCCCCAUCACCACCCUCCUCACCACCAACAUCCGCAUCCGCCGCAUCAUCCCCACUCGCCUCAUCCCCAUCCGCACCCGCCGCAUCAUCCCCACCCGCACCCGCCGCACCACCACCAGCACCCCGACCCCUCCACGGCAAUCAUACAGGAGCCACGUGUGGAUGAGGCUGGAUUCGGCAGCACAGUGGAGCUGCAAUUCUGUGCCUCCUGCUCGUACAAGGGAACUGCAGUGACCAUGAAGCGCAUGCUGGAAACCUCAUUUCCUGGCAUUCAUGUUAUCUUGCAUAAUUAUCCUCCUCCAUUCCCCAAGCGUGUACUCAGCAAAGUUAUCCCAAUUGUUCAAGUUGGAGCCGUUGCAACAAUAAUGGCUGGUGACCAGAUUUUCCCCAGAAUUGGAAUGGUUGCUCCUCCAUGGUACUACUCGCUUCGUGCCAAUAGAUUCGGAACCAUGGCAACAAUCUGGCUAUUUGGCAACUUUGCUCAGUCCUUUCUACAAAGCUCUGGUGCCUUUGAAGUUUACUGCAAUGGAGAUUUGGUAUUCUCAAAACUUGCUGAGCAGAGGUUCCCUAGCGAGUUCGAGUUGCGGGACCUUGUUGGCAGCAGAUUGCCUGGGUCUCCAUUUGGGAGGAAUCCGGGGAAAACCCUGACUUGAUGAUGACCCCGGAAAUCAGAGCUCAGAAUGCCACAAUUUAUUAUGUUGCUUUUAAGGUAUUAGUAGAUAGUAACUAUUUGGUAUUGAUCUAUCGAGGCUGCAGCUUGUCUGUAAACACAACUUUCCAGCUUGUAUAAUGGAUCAACGGAUCACCUGACAUGUGACGGUGGCCGAAGUACUACGAACUCUAAUGACAUUGGAACGGUAAAGAUAUUGUGAUGGCCUGUUAGUUUAUGGGAGGUGUACUGUUUGGCAUUGAUCUCGAUGUAAACAAACAAUGUUAGCAUUGUCCCAUGGGGAAGAUUAAGCGAGCAGGAUGUUAAA